ACAACGGCACUCACAGGAGGGUGUGCCCGCCUCCCCAGGACAGGAAACAACGUAGAAGCUCAGGUUUAAAAGGCCCUCUCCCUUUACCUGCUUCACUUGUUUCCGGUCCUCAAGGGAUCGCGUGGAAGCCGCUCCUGCAGUGUUGGGAGUACAAGUGAAGUUUUGCACAGCCUGUCAGUUUGCCCCAUUCGGGAGCGUCUGUGCAGGGGAUGGGGAUUGAAGAAGGCCUGGCGCCUCUGUCCCGUUCCUUUGGCGUAAGCCUGUCAGUGAAGACUGUCCUGGGCAUCGGCUUCCCCAGUGACGGUACCUGGGGAAGUGAAGGAUAGCGUGUGCAUGCGCCUAACAGGCUGGAACUUCUGGGCAGAGUUCCCCUUCUCUGCUCGUCACUUCCGCCAGCACAUGACUUCAGAGACCUGGCUUAUAUCGGAGGAAUGUCGGGAGCAGGGAAUGCAGUAGACGGUGUCCUACACAUGCAGCAUGUCCUCUAUCUUGGAAGUUCCUGACAUGUCCUGCAGACAUGUGGAUCCUUCUGCCACCCAGAGGCCGAAAAACAGGAUUUCUCCAUCUUAAAAGGUCUGUUUUGCAAGUCCAGAACCGUAUCCUUCAGAGACAUGACGCUUUUAGGCCAUUUGACGUCCACGAUUCCAGCAGUGCGGUGUGCCCAACACCACACAAGGCCACUACAAUAAUUUCUCCUGGAGAACUGGGAUGGAAAUCAGAAUACCCUAGACAAGAGGAUAAAAAUUCCUUUAAAGGUAAAGUCUCUCCUGUGGUGGAAAAUAAUAAAAAAAUCUUCAGUCGGGAGUAUUUUGGCGACACUCAAAUCAAGUUAUUUCUACUGACGCUGGCAAUUGCAGAUUGGGAGUCCACAUCAAAGAUCAGGACAAUACUGUUGGCCAGUAAUAUCAAACGGAUGAGCAAAGAAAUUUCCCCAACGUUUUCUGCUGAUGAUGUUGCCAAAAUCAAGAAAUUUUGCAAAGUUCAUAGUAAGGAUAUUUUUGAGCAGCUGAGCAAGUCAUUAGCACCAACUAUUCAUGGUCAUGAUUAUAUUAAGAAAGCCAUUUUAUGCAUGCUCCUUGGUGGUAAUGAGAAGAUCCUUGAUAAUGGAACUCGUAUAAGAGGAGAUAUUAAUCUUCUCCUAAUAGGAGACCCAUCUGUCGCCAAGUCCCAACUGCUGCGCUAUGUAUUGCACACAGCUCCAAGAGCCAUUACCACCACUGGUAGGGGGUCCUCUGGAGUUGGGUUAACAGCCGCUGUGACAACUGAUCAAGAAACAGGGGAGAGGCGUCUUGAGGCUGGUGCCAUGGUACUUGCUGACAGAGGUGUUGUGUGUAUUGAUGAGUUUGACAAAAUGUCUGACAUGGACAGGACAGCUAUACACGAAGUGAUGGAACAAGGUCGUGUGACAAUAGCGAAGGCUGGGAUCCAAGCAAGAUUAAAUGCCCGGUGCAGUGUUUUAGCUGCAGCAAAUCCUGUUUAUGGAAGGUAUGAUCAGUAUAGGACACCAAUGGAAAAUAUCGGCUUACAAGACUCUCUGCUUUCAAGAUUUGAUUUGCUUUUUAUUGUUUUGGAUCAAACGGAUGCAGACAGUGAUCGUGAAAUUGCAGACCAUGUGUUGAGAAUACACAGAUAUCGAACUCCUGGGGAGCAGGAUGGCUAUGCAAUGCCUUUUGGAUGCAGUGUUGAGAUUUUUGCAACUGAUGAUCCGAAUGCUACUGAUGUCACUGAUCAAGAGUUGCAGAUUUAUGAGAAACAUGAUAAUCUCCUGCAUGGACCACGGAAAAACAAAUCUAAAAUUGUAAGCAUGCAAUUCAUACGAAAAUAUAUCCAUGUUGCUAAACUGAUAAAGCCUACUCUAACUCAAGAAGCAGCUGAUUACAUCUGUCAGGAAUAUGCCAAAAUACGGAGCCAUGAUGAGAUGAACAAUGAUCGGGCUAGGACUAUGCCGGUGACUGCUAGAGCUCUGGAAACUAUGAUACGGCUGGCCACUGCCCAUGCUAAAGUCAGAAUGAGUAAAACCAUUGAUAGCCAGGAUGCAGAAACUGCACUUGAACUUGUUCAGUUUGCAUAUUUUAAGAAGGUAUUGCCAAAGGAAAAGAGAGUGGAAAAAGAUCCAGAUUUAAGUCAAGAGACACCAAGCCAAGAAGGAAUAAGAAAAAGACGUGCAGAGAAAAUAUCUGACACUCAAGAUUCAGUGGAUCCUUAUGCUUUUAGCCAGGAUGUCAGUCAGAAUGAAUCUCUUUCUCAGAGAGUGAGAACUCCAAAGAAGACUUCUGAAAGUCAGGUUGAGAUCGACACCAAGAGAUCAUUGAGUCAAAAGAGGAUAAAAGAAUUUAAAGCCGCUCUAUUAAAAGCAUUUAAGGCAACACGCUCCCAGUCUGUUGCUGUUACUCAAUUGCUUGAACUAAUCAAUAAAGGAAAUCAUGACCCAUUUGAACUUUCAGAAGUAAAGGAAACUCUGGACUACAUGCAAAAUGACAACCAAGUCAUGUUGGCAGAUGAUGUGGUCUUCUUGAUUUAAACAAGUUCACAUUUUGUGUAAGUCUCU